AUGUUCUCUUCGGCUUUCAAGUCGAUCUCCUCCACCAACAUCACCGCAAACUACUCCAUCUCCCAAAACUCGACAUCCACCGCCGGGCCCUGGAAGAUUUACGACUGCAAGAAGAAGUCCACCGGCAAGGCCUACAGCGUCUUUGUCUUCGACAAGAAGUCCCUCGACAGCCAUGGCAACUCGCUGAGCCGCAGCAGCGCCAGCGCAUUCAAGCGCACGACUGAGGAAGUUGUCGAGCGUCUAAAGAAGGAGGCCUCGAGUCUUGCCAAACUGCGACACCCGAGCGUGCUCGAGCUCGUCGAGCCUGUGGAGGAGACGCGAAGUGGAGGUUUGCAGUUCGUGACCGAGGCUGUGACGGCGUCGCUGGCCAGUCUGCUGCAGGACAAGGAUGACCAGGAACGGUCAGGCGGGGUUGGUGGCCGCUCGAGCCGAUAUGUGACGGAGGAUUCAGAGGGCGUUCGGAGGCGGCGCGAGCUUGAAAUUGAUGAGCUCGAGAUCCAAAAGGGACUGCUGCAGAUCAGCAAGGCGCUCGAGUUUCUGCACGACAAUGCUGGCUUGGUGCACGGAAACCUGACGCCUGACGCCAUCUUGAUCAACGCCAAGUCAGACUGGAAAAUCAGUGGGCUGUCCUUCUGCAGCCCUCAAGAGAACUCGAACAAGCCGACCUCUAUCCAGCCCAUCAGCUUGGGCGAGAUCCUUAACAUGGACCCCAGGUUACCUGGCUCCGUCCAGCUAAACCUCGACUACACCUCGCCUGAUUUCGUCCUCGACAACAACCUCACAACAUCGGCCGAUAUGUUCUCUCUAGGCCUCCUGUGUGUUGCUCUCUACAACUCGCCCCAUCGCUCUCCUCUCGAAACCCAUGCCAGCGUCUCGACGUACAAAAGACUCUUCUCCUCCUCAUCGACGAUUCCCUCUUCAUCCAAUAAGUUCUUGGCAUCCAGAAACUUGCCAAAGGACCUGUCGGCUCACGUCUUGCCGCGCCUCAUCACUCGACGGCCGGCGCAGCGCAUGACGGCCAAGGAGUUCCAGGACAGCGAGUAUUUCGACAACAUACUCGUCUCCACGAUUCGUUUCCUCGAUGCUUUCCCCGCCAAGACGCCCAACGAAAAGGCACAGUUUAUGCGGGGCUUGAACAAAGUCCUGCCGUCUUUCCCCAAGUCGGUCAUGGAGAAGAAGCUGCUGCCGGCGUUGCUCGACGAGAUGAAAGACAAGGAGCUCAUCUCAUUGAUUCUUCAGAACAUCUUCAAAAUCAUGGAGUUAUUGCCGACGGCAAAGCGUGCCUUUAGCGAAAGCGUUCGGCCGAGGCUCAAGGAGAUUUUCGUCUCGGCCGGCAAGAAAGAAGCAGAGCCGCCCAAAGAUCCAGCCAAGGAUGCCGGUCUCAUGGUUGUCCUCGAGAACAUGUCUGUCAUCUCGAGCAAUUGCAGCGGCAAGGAGUUCACCGACGGGCUGCCUGCCAUCCUCGCGGUGCUCGACUUCAGCACGAUCAAGAACGAGCUCUUCCCGGUCAUCGCCAUGGUCUUCAGCAAGACGAACAGUUUGGCCAUCAAGGUGCGCGGUUGUCAGGCGUUCGUGGUGCUGUGCGGCGGGUCGAACAAUCCGUCGAACGACGGGCUGGGCGACUUCAGCGCCGAGAGAAGGAAGACUACGUCAUCGUCCAGCGCUCUGGACAAGUACACAAUGCAGGAGAAGAUUGUGCCCCUGAUCAAGUCCAUCAAGACCAAAGAGCCAGCGGUCAUGGUGGCGGCACUCAAUGUGCUCCGCGUGGUGGGCGACACGGCAGACGCCGACUUUGUGGCCAUGGAGAUCCUGCCUAUCCUUUGGAACAUGAGCCUGGGGCCACUGCUCAGUUUGAAGCAGUUUCAGAGCUUCAUGGAUCUCAUCAAAACCCUGUCUAGGCGUGUAGAGGACGAGCAGACCAAGAAGCUGCAGGAGCUGAACGGCAACGCGAAUGGCAGCACCGUCGGAAAUGAAGACUUCAUGGCCUUUGGCGGCGUAACAGGCACGACGUUUGACAGCAACACCAACGGCGCGUCGGAGAACGACUUUGAACAGCUCGUCAAGGGCAAAGUCACGAGCUCCGCCCCGGGCGACUCGUUCGCGAGCUGGGACGACGCCCCCGUGCCGUCGGCCACGACAACGUCAGCCCGUCCAUCGACCGGGUCUCGAUUCAGCGCCCCAAGCCGCGGCCUUUUCGUGGUCAACUCCCAAGGCGCGGCAAACGACGGCUGCGCCCGGUCAGUUCAACGGCGUCAGGGCGCAGGCGCAACCGACGUUCCGGACUGUGACGCCGGACCUGAGUGGGUUCCAGUCGAUGACUCCUUCGACGACGCAGUUCUCUCAGCCGAUGCAACCCGCCCUGCAGCAGCAGCAGCAGCAGCAACAGCAGCAGCAGCAGGGCGCCGCCGCAGCGUCAGUGAACUGGGCGUCGGCGGGCAGCUCGGCGACACAGUCCAACCCAUGGGCAUCGUCGCCGGCACCGUCGUCGUCGUCAGGCCUCGGGGCCAUGGGCGCUUCGAUGGGGAGUCUGUCCAUGGGUGGCGGCGCGAGGCCGGGCAUGGGGUCCUCACAAGGGUCGUUCUCACUUCCGCCGCCACCGGGUGGUGGCAGCGGCAUGAUGGGGUCGUCGGGAUUCAGUCUCGCGCCGCCGCCAAAGCAGCAGCAGGCUGCGCCGGGGAACCGGUCGGCGAGCGGCAUGGGUGGUAUGGGCAUGGGCGUGCUGGCUCAGCAGGGGGCGAACUCGAUGAGCUCGAUGGGUUCGAUGAGCUCGAUGGGUUCGAUGAGCUCGAUGAACUCGAUGAACUCGCUGAACUCUAUGAAUGCAAUGGCAGCGAGGCCCGGCAUGGGCAUGGGCAUGGGUCCUGGAGCGAGCAUGAACAGCAUGAUGGGAACGGCUCAGCAGCAUCAACAACAACAGCAAACACAGCAACAGCAGGCAAAGCCUGGUUUGGAUAA